CUUUUUUGAAUCUACUCUUUUGAGGUCAUGGUGCAAUCGAUCAUGACUAUAGACAGCAAAAAACGUCGUGUCAACAAGAAAGAAAAACGAUCUAACCGAUCCAAGAUCUACCAACCUUUCCGAGCUUUAGGUUACAUUACCAAUGACAUUCCUUUUAUUGUAGAAUCUCGAGGACAGGAUUACUUUUUGACCACCAGUGUUGGUCACAACUUCCAAACGUACAAUUUGGCGAAAAUGAAUCUCUUGUUUGUGGGACCUUCUAUGGAUCAAGCUAUUACCAGUAUGGCUGCAGGAGGGGGACUCACUUAUAUUGCAUGCGGAAACACUUUAUUAUCUUUUAAGCGUGGUAAAGAGUUGAAUCGUAUUGUAGGGGAUUCUGAUUAUACUAUUUUCCAAUUGAUUGUACUUGGUUCAUUGGUAGCAGGACUUUGUGAUGACAAUACUCUCAAAGUGUGGGACAUGACGAAAAAAGAACUUCACAUGGAAAUUGAAUUUGGCAAUGAUUUUACCGUUUCAGCUAUGAUUCACCCUAGUACCUACUUGAAUAAAUUAUUGAUCGCCAGUACUCAAGGAACAAUGCAAAUUUGGAAUAUUAGAAACAAUAAGAUGAUUUAUCAAUUCCAAUCUUUUGGAUCUGCCAUUUCCUGUUUGGUACAAUCACCUGUGGUUGAUGUUGUGGCUAUUGGUUUAUUGAAUGGUACUGUUUUAUUGUACAAUAUCAAGGUUGAUGAAAAGAUUGAUGCCAUUCGACAAGAUGAUAGAGUCACUGCCAUUUCAUUCAGAACAGAUGAAGAACAAAUGAUGGCGACAGCAAAUAUGCAUGGUGAUGUUUCUUUAUGGGAUUUGAAACAACGUCGAUUAUUACAUAUUAUCAAAGGUGCUCAUGAUGGUGUGGUAUCAUCUCUUUCUUUCUUACAUAACCAACCUCUUCUGGUCACUGGUGGCGUGGAUAAUGCGGUCAAACAAUGGCUUUUUGAAAAAGAAAAUGCUGUCCCUAGAGUAUUGAAGCUACGAAGUGGGCAUUAUUCUCCUCCUUCCAAGAUUCGUUACUACGGUGAUGAUGGUCAUUAUAUCCUUAGUACUGGUCGUGAUCAAUCUCUACGUAUGUUCUCCGUGUAUCGUGAUAGUCAAUCAUUCGAAUUAUCUCAAGGACAUUUGGAAAAGAAGGCAAAGGCUUGGGAUGUCAAAAUGCAAGAUCUGAAACUUCCUUUGAUUACAGAUUUUGCUACCAGUAUUGGUAAGGCGAAAGAAUGGGAUAACAUCUUAACAAGUCAUAUCAAUGAUACUGCAGGACGAACUUGGUCAAUGAAGAGAAAGGCAAUUGGUAAACAUACUCUUAUCGGUAAAUCAAAUACUGCUGUCAAGGUUACAGAAAUCACAGCUUGUGGCAAUUUUGGUCUUUUGGGAAGCAGCUCAGGACAAAUAGAUAUGUUCAACAUGCAAUCAGGUGCACAUCGCAAGACAUUUGGUGGAUUAGAAGGACACAAAAAGCCCAUUACUGGUUUAGCAACAGAUAACAUCAAUCGAUAUGUCAUUAGUUCAUCUGUUGAUCGUACUAUAAAGAUUUGGGACUUUAAGAAGGCUACUAUUGUUCACACCAUUACUUUGGAAUCCCCUAUUGUGUCCAUUCGUUAUCUCCGAGACAAUGAUUUAUUGGCAGUGGUGUGUGAUGAUUUGGGAAUUCGUGUUAUUGAUAUUGAAACUUACAAAGUUGUUCGGGAAUUCUGGGGUCAUCGUAAUAGAAUCACUGAUUUGACGUUCACACCGGAUGGUAGAUGGCUUGUCUCCUCUUCUUUAGACGCAACUGUUCGUACUUGGGAUUUACCUACUGGUACCUUGGUGGAUAUUUUCAAAGUAGAAAAUGUGGUGACAAGUCUUACAUUCUCUCCUACUGGUGAUUAUUUGGCAACAGCUCAUGUUGAUAAUGUUGGUAUCUAUUUAUGGGCAAACCGAACGCAAUUCACCAAUGUAUCAUUACACAGCAUUGCAGAUGAUGAAGAAGUAAAACUUUUAUCUUUACCUUCAUUGGCUACCGUAGACUCGGAUGAUGAAGACAAUGAGGAUGAUGAAAGUGAUGAAUCUGAUUCUGAAGCUAUCAACAUCAAGGAUGAAUUUACAACACAAGAACAAUUAACUGAUAAGAUGAUCACUUUGUCUUUAGAACCUCGAUCAAAAUGGCAAAAUUUAUUGAAUCUGGAAACAAUCAAGCAACGAAAUAAACCCAAGGAGGCACCCAAAGCACCUGAACAAGCACCCUUUUUCUUACCGACGGUGGCCGGAGCCAAACCUACAUUUAACCUAGAAUCAAAAGAUCAAGUGACAACGAAUGAAGAAAAUCAUGACUCUAGACGAUUGAAAUUUGGUGAACUGGUGACUGAAACUGACUUUUCAAAAUUAUUACGUAUUGGUCAUGAAGAAAACAAGAACUUUACCGAAUUUGUUAAUUACACAAAGGGAUUGAAUCCUUCAAACUUGGAUCUUGAAUUACGAACAUUGACAAUAGAUAGUGAAUUGACAUGUAUCAAUUUUGUUGCGGAGGCCAUCUACUUUAUGUUGGAAACUAGAAAGAACUUUGAAUUGGCACAAUCUUGGUUAAGUGUGUUUUUGGCCAUCCAUGGUGAUUUGAUUAUUGCCAAUCCUGAUAAUCCUGUCCAUGGUGUUUUACAAGAUAUCCUUCAAAUACAACAACAAGAAUUUGGUCGAUUAUCUGAAAAGAUUCAUUACGGUUUAUGUGUCAUUGAUUUUGCUAGAAAAUCAUAAACCUUUCUUCUUUUCUUUUCUUUUUUUUUCUUUUUGUAGUCAUAGCAUAUUCUUCAUUUUUUUUUUUUUU